AUGCCAAUGCGGCGUGUGGUCUUGUUGCAGCUCCAGCAGCGAAUCCCCGAAGCUGCGCAUGGGCUCGCUGGCGAGCGGCGGCGGGGGCGGCGGGCCGGGCCCGUCCGCCUCCAGCAGCGCGUUCCUCGUUCGCCGUGGGCGCUGAGCAUCUGUCGGUGGCAUUGCCGCGUGGCACCCGCGGGCGCCGGCGCCCCCGCCGCCCCGCCCUCCGCGCCGCCCGCGGGCCCUCGCGCCCCACGCCGGCCGGCCCGGCGGGCGCCAGGGCCCGGGCGCCGCAGUCGCCGUCGCAGCCUGUGCGCAGUGUGCGGCGACACGGCCGCGUGCCAGCACUACGGCGUGCGCACCUGCGAGGGCUGCAAGGGCUUCUUCAAGCGCACCGUGCAGAAAGGCUCCAAAUACGUGUGCCUCGCCGACAAGGCGUGCCCUGUGGACAAGAGGCGUCGCAACCGCUGCCAAUUCUGCCGCUUCCAGAAGUGCCUGGCCGUGGGAAUGGUCAAGGAGGUGGUGCGCACAGACUCGCUGAAAGGCCGCAGAGGGCGCCUGCCCUCCAAGCCCAAGAGCCCGCAAGAGUCGCCGCCGUCGCCGCCCGUGUCUCUCAUCACGGCGCUGGUGCGGGCGCACGUGGACACCACGCCGGAUCUCGCCAACCUCGACUAUUCACAGUAUCGUGAGCCUACACCCACCGAACCAGCCAUCAGCGAGGCAGAGAAAAUUCAACAAUUUUAUAAUCUCCUUACAACCUCCGUCGACGUGAUCCGCACGUUUGCUGAUAAGAUUCCGGGCUUCCAAGACCUCAGCCGCGAUGACCAGGAGCUUCUAUUUCAGUCAGCUUCGUUGGAGUUGUUCGCCCUGCGGCUGGCCCACAGAACACGUCCUGAUGACACCAAGUUGACUUUCUGCAAUGGUGUGGUUCUCGAUAGACAGCAGUGCCAGCGCAGUUUUGGGGAUUGGUUACAUGCCAUAAUGGAUUUUUGUCAGUCAUUACAUGCCAUGGACAUUGACAUCUCAGCUUUUGCGUGUUUGUGUGCUUUAACAUUGGUUACAGAACGCCAUGGCUUGAAAGAACCUCACAAAGUAGAACAGCUCCAAAUGAAGAUAAUUAGUUCACUGCGAGACCAUGUAACCUACAAUGCUGAGGCUCAACGAAAGGCUCAUUAUUUCUCCCGUCUGUUGGGCAAGUUACCUGAACUAAGAUCACUAAGUGUCCAAGGCCUGCAAAGGAUUUUCUAUCUUAAGUUAGAAGACCUUGUACCUGCGCCACCUCUCAUUGAAAAUAUGUUUGUGGCUAGCCUUCCCUUCUGAACUGCUUCCAGGUGUCUUCGCAGCUACGUAGGUACCUUCAGACAUUGUCUUUUUGAAGCUUAGUUCCUCCACCAUGUCUCCUGUGAAAUAAGCUUCUUCUAUCAACAAAAACAAAGAAAGUCCACUUGAUGUAUUUGCAGACUAUCCUUAUAGUUGAAGGUACCGUGAAUCUACUCUUCAGUGCUCUGAAUAUCCAAUAAAUAAGCAGCUAUAACAAACUCUGAUACUUCUUAGUGACUUUUCUACUUCUCAUAUUGAUAUUGAAAAGACAAGUUAUAUAAGUAUAUAUUUGUUUUAUAUGUUAAUAAUAUAUUUUGUUGUUGGCUAGAAGCAAUUGUUCAUACAAGACACAUUAAAUUGUUUGCAAUUAGUGCAUUACGAAAACUUUGAAAUAGUAAGGUACCUCAGUCCUCACAUUUUACUUUGUGUGAGGAAUUUAAUAAUGUGCUGGCAAGUGGAAGUGUUUCUUUGCACUGUCCUUGAAAGAGUUGCUUUCACAGUGAGGAAUUGGUGCUUUGUAUGGAAAGUGAUGUUUUUAAGAAGAAACUGUGAUGGUUUGGUGAUGUGGCUUUACAUUUUGUAGUUACAUUUAAUAAAGACUUCUCAACACUCUCUGUGUUGAUAAUUGUUUUGAAGAAUGACUUAUUCAGGAGUGAUCUGGGAAGUGAAAUCUGUGAUGGUGCUUGACUUGCCAUAACUGGAGGCUGGGACCUUUAGUAUUUCAAACAAUUGAUAAGCAAGACUUUUUGUGAUACAGACUGGAUGAAUUUGCUGUACAAGUUGUGUGUAUUUUAUUAAGAGUAUGUAUAUAUGGAAGAGAUCUGCUUGUGCAGGAUUGUGCAAGAAUAACCAAAGAGUUUGGAUUUCACGCACAACAAGCCGUCAUUUCAGAGAAAUUUUUUUGGAAGUAGCAAUAUUUUUAUUUCCAGUUCAUUGUGCUAUAUCACAUAGAAGUUACCAAUAUAACCUAAUACAUUAACCAAGGAGCCAAGAGACAAUCCAGACUGGCAGUUAUUAAACUAGAGCUUGCUAGUCACUCGAGGAAAUAAGUUCAGACUUAUUGCCGGCCAACUGCACGAGUGCAUUAUUUUUUCACAUGCUUACCAUUCUGUCCAUUCAGAGAUAAUUAAAACAUUUGCUGUAUGAGAUAAGUUAGCUCAUAAUGAAUGUUGCAAGUGUAAUUAAUACAUUCACUUGCUUUUGAGCUGAGCAUGUGAAUAUCAAGUAUCUUGAUGUUGAGAUUACACCUUUUGACUUUGUUUGCUAGAUGUUGUCUCUAAUUCACUUAUAUCCUUUCAUAUAUCUGUUGCCAUAAUGCCAGAGUUUGUUGGCAGACCAUUGGAGACUUAAAUUUUGUCUUCAUUGCAUUGUAAGAAGUGUUAUGUAUUUGAUGGGCUUUAUUGUAGAUGUUAUAAAUUAUUUUCAAUAUCACUUCUAUACAGAAUACAUUCUAGUGUGUGUAGAUUAUAUUUUGAGGUACAAAGGUUAGACUAAGCAGUAUAAUUUACAAAAGCAUUUAACAGCAGUGACUGGUCUGUCAUCUGCAUUUCAAUUCCCAGGUUUUGAGUUUUUUUAAUGUAUCAAAACAUAGUUGAGCUAUCAACUGUAUUACAUUUUAAAAAAAUCUGUUACACAGAAGAAAAUGUUACCUUAGCUCAAUUAAUGAAUUGUUGGGAAUUGAAAACUGUUACAUUUUUAUUGUACUUGUUUCAUAUGUAUGACAGACCUUCAACAUUUACAUACAUAUGUAUUAAAACUGGGUGCCUACCCUUGCCUGACUAUGAUGUGCCGUAUAGUUGUUUGUUACAGCACCUAUAUAUUGAUAGGUGUACUAGUAUUAACAGAUUUUUCCAUAUUUUCAUCAUAUCAAUCUUAGUGAGAUGUUUGUAAUGUCCGGGAGCUAAGGAGGAGGAUCAUUCUUGUACUGCCUUGGAAUAUGAUACUGCCUUUUUGAAAGUGUAGGGCUGUAUGAGUGUUUAGAUGUAGAUGUAAAACCAACUGCUACUUCUGCUCUAAAGAGACUUGUCAGAAGUUUUGAUGUUGUUCAAUAGUGAUCUUCUUUUGCAUUCAUUUAGGACAGUCAGUUUUGAUGUUGUGUUGCAGUAUUUACAGAUGUGCUAAAAUUGUGUGUACUAAUGUUGAUAUCCUUUCUGGCAGCCUCAUAUUAGCAUUUCUUUCUGUCUCUAUUUACUUAUAUAUUAGCUAUGUGAUUGCUGUAAUUAAUGUAAAUGUGAGUGUGCAUAGUCAUCUCCACUGAUGUUAAAAUCAUUCAUUUUGGAUAUGCAUUGACAUUUUACAAUGCAUUUGCCCAUAUGUAAAAUAGUCACUAAAUCAAGUUACCAUAAUUUAAGAAAAACUGUUAAAUUAUAUAUAUGAUAUAUUCACCACCAAGAACUCUUGAUUAUUUUGCACAGAAUCAAUUAUUCUGUCUCUUAAAAAGAUCUUUAUUCUUUAUAUUUGUUUGUACUUAACUUAUAGUACAUAUAUUUUAGUUACACAAUCAGUCUCUCAACCAUUGAUAGUUUAGAUGAUGUUUCUAAAUUUUAAAAUAAAGUGUAUAUUUGUUAAGAAAAAUAAGACACAUAUCACUCAUUCUAUAAUGAUGUAAAUAUAUUUUUAAGACUUCUCAUACCUUUUACACUCAAAAAGGAAAGAUGUUUAUUUACAGAGAUUUCAUAGUGCAUUGAACAUUAUGAACAUUAUUUUGUACCUGCUUUUUUUCUACACUGUAUAACAUAAUACCAUGAAACAAUUUAAAAGUACAUGAGAGAGAAGCAAGAAAAUACAUUUGUAGCUUCUCUAAAAACAUUUCGUAUGUGGUGUACAUAGCUAUGGCUUUAAUGUGAUAUCUUGACAUGGUGCAAUGUGUUUGAUGCCGAGUAACUAUGAUACCAAAGAUUUAUGAUGAUUUAAUUUUAUUUUCUUGGCACAUAAGCAUGUAGGUCAAAUACUAUCUUUAAAAUAUGAAAUGCCCUUUCAAUUAGGUAUAAUGUUAUUGACUCUCCUUUUCUAAGAGAAGCUAUUUUCUUGGAAUUGUCAUAUAUAUUGGGCACAUAUAAAAUUUGAUUUGCUUAUUCAAAGGCUAUUUUACCACAUAAUAUAGAUUUUCUUACUUAUUCUAACUAUAUAAAUAUUCAUAUAUAUACAUAAGCAAUUAUACAUGACAACCUAGACACUUUUUAAAUCAGACGGUGUUCUUCCACACAUCAACUCUCCAUGAAUGUUCUGACUCUUGUUAAAAAACAAUAAAGAGCUUUACAGUGCGUUAAUCUUGAAA